GCUGAAAAGCUUCGUCGUGCUGAGGCUGCAGUGAGGACGCGCAGCGUGACGGAGCUCGCAGAAGCGCAGAAAGGACGGCGAUAGAGGGAGGGAGAGAGAUGAGGCAGAUGGAAACGUCCUUCUCCAUGGAGUGGUGGGAGAAGAUGGUGGAGGCGAUGAGGAAUGCUUGGCUCGCCCUCGCCACCCGCCUCAGCUUCAGGAAACGCAGAGGUGUAGGGCUGCUCAAGUUAGACAAUGACGUAAGAACUUGCGGCUACGAAGAUGUACACACAAUGUGGGAGAUGCUGAGAAACAACGAAAGCCUCUCCGCCAGCAACCACCACCACCACCACCACCACCAAACUGUGAGGACGAACAGACAGAGGAGACGUCCCAUCUGGAAGCUGAUCGUUUGGGCUAGGCGAGCGCCUCUUCUUUGCCAUCCUUAGAUGCAAUCCACCACCCACCAUUUAACUACCCUCCGUCUCCUACCUUUCAUCGGUUUUUUUUUGCUUUCUACAUGGCCUUCUUUUCUCCCUCCCUUUAUAUUUUAUGUGUACAAUCAAUAACUGCUACCUGCAACAUUAUAAGAAACGAUCAAGUUGGAGACGUGAGUCGUCCUCCAACAUCUUUUCUCGUCUUAUAUGUAUACUUGCCGAAAGAUGGCUGCUUUGGGAAGCAAUAUCUUUUCUUAUCAUAUGUAUACACUUGGCGGAAGAUGGUUGAUGAGUGAAAAAGAGUUCUUUUUCUGUCCA